CCUCAAACUGACACCAACGCUGGGGCACUAUUCCUCCCCCUCACUGACACCAACGAUGGGGCACUAUUCCUCCCCCUCCCCACUGACACCAAUGAUGGGGCACUAUUCCACCCCCCCCACUGACACCAAUGAUGGGGCACUAUUCCACCCCCCACUGACACCAAUGAUGGGGCACUAUUCCAGCCCCCACUGACACCAAUGAUGGGGCACUAUUCCACCCCCCACUGACACCAACCAAUGAUGGAGCACUAUUCCUCCCACUGGUGUGCACUGGAAGAGGGGUAG